AUGGAUGCCAUGGAUAAGCCUGACCGUAGAGGGGAACUGAUUGGGGUUUCGGUUCUCUUGACAACUUUCUCGGCGGUUUUUGUCCUCGCCCGCUGUUAUGCCCGACUUUUCUCGACCCGGACCUUUGGCUGGGAUGAUGGCUGUAUUUUCCUGUCGUUGGCAGCAUGUGUCGCAGGUGAAGGCUUGACGAUUGCCUGUGCUACCCAUGGGCUGGGCCUCACCAUUUCAAGGGUCAAUAUCACCCACGAUCUGCCCUUAAUCCUCAAGUACACCCAGUUCGCGAUCCUCUGCAACGCCAUGGCGAUGAUGCUUAUGAAGCUGGGGAUUGGCCUUACACUGAUUCGACUGCACUUGAGCAAGGCGUUCAACAUGGUGGUCAUUGCUUGCAUCGUCCUCACCAUCCUCGUCAACGGGGUGGCGGUUCCGGGCGUAUUUGCAAGCUGCACCCCUUUGGCGAAAGAGUGGCACAAAAACCUCCCCGGAAAAUGCUGGCCAAAGAGAGUGAAUCUGGCCUUCUCUUAUACCCAGACUGUGGGCAACAUCGUGACAGAUCUGCUGUUCACUCUUGGACCACUGUUUUAUCUGUCCAAGGUUAAGGUGUCCAAGUAUAACAAAUGGGCCUUGCGCAGUGUCUUUCUUAUCGGCUUACUAGCAACCGCAUGUGCCAUUGCCAAAGCGACCGAGUUGCCGAAAAAUGAGAAGACCAAAGACCCGACACUGGAUACCGUGAAUCUGACGAUCUGGGUCAAAGCCGAACUCGCCGCCGGACUGUUUGCCGCCUCCCUGCCUCCGCUUAAAGCCACCUUCGAACGGAUCCUGACACAGGUAUUCGGCAUCCGUACGGGUUUGACUACGCCGUCUGCCACGCGUACCAAGGGUCAUAGCUACGGAAACAGCCAUACGUUUCGAUCCGGCCGACGCGUGCCACCCGGUAGUGCAAUGGGAACAGGCUUUGAAGACGACCUCCCCCACGGCUCCGCCAUGUAUGCGAUGGAUGACAUGAAAAGGCGCGGCGAUUCGGAAGAACACAUCAUGGAAGAAGAUCAGAAGCACAUCCUCCACCCGGGCAGUGUCAAGACAGGCAGUGGCAGUGACAACGUCGACGAGAAUGGAGAGUGGAUCACCAAGACGGUCGAGUUCACCGUGGCCGAGUCUCGAUCCAUCAAGGACGACCGAGUCUGA